AUGGAAAGUACAGAGUUUGUGUUUCGAUUUCUUUUUGGUACAGGUAUCGCACUGAUAUUCCUCCUUGCGCGCUGCAGACUAAACAGACAAAAGUCCGCCAUUUUGCGUUUUUCGGACGCGGGCGACUGCCGAGCAGUCAUUGCUGGGAAAAAUCCAUGGAAUGGGACGGCAGAAAACAUCUUAACUGGUCACCAGUCAAGAGCUGGUCCAAACCAAGCCCUUCGGCGAGCAUUUGGCAUAGACAACGCUUUCACCAGCGAGGAUAAUAACGUUGUAAGAGAGUUUGUAGCUCUUGCUACAAAUAGGAUGAGUCUCCACAGCGGAGAUUGGGUUAAAGUAGCUAUUCUUGCAGCUACUACCCUUGAAUCUUUAGGAUUCCUUGAGCAGAACCGCAGUGUGGGAAAUAGCUUCUCAAGGACAGCGCCAAUAGCAAAUAUUGACAAAUCCCGGUAUAAAGACGUGCUCGAACUAGCGGACGCUAUCAAUCGAAUUUGGAUAUCAUCCAAGGACGCAGACGAAGGAAAGCGGCCAAGAUAUCAAAACGAGAGAGCAUUCCAUGAUACCCUGAAGGCCAUAUUUCCGAAUGUUGAAAUUAACAAUCCAACAUCAAAUCCACUGAAUCUCAUUCUUCCGUCUUUUGAGACACUGUGGAGGAUAGUUCUACGAACUUUCCUGGAAGUCAAAUUCCUCGCUGCCCAACCAGAGAAAAAUUCAAUCAGCAGGAACAAUUCAAGAAUUUCUGCAAGCAAUCUUGUCUCGGAAGCCCUUCGGCUGUAUCCACCAACUCGUCGCGUCCACCGUCAUUUUCAGGGUCCCGAAAGUAGCGAAAGAUCCCUUUUUGCCGCGGAUAUAGAAGCAUGCCACCGCAGUGCCAAAAUUUGGGGUCCAGAUGCCCUCAAGUUCCUUCCUGGUAGAUGGAAUCAUCUCGACGAGGUACAAAAAGCUAGUUUUAUGCCAUUCGGAAACAAGCCGUUCGUGUGUCCCGCGAAGCCAGUUUUUGGGCCACGAAUGAUCGCACUUCUAGCCGGAGCUCUCCUUUGCCAUUAUACCGAGGAUUGGGAGCUGGGUAAACCUACUGGGAGAUGCGAUGCCAAUGUGGUAACGGAAGGGGAGUAUCUGGACCGGGACGCUUGUGCAAAAUUAUAUCUCGUUAGAAAUAUCCGGGAUUGA